AACGCCUCGGUCUCCAUCCUCGACCAAAUUCCAUCAAAUCAACAUCCGCGCUCACCACAAUCGAAUUAUUUCAUUCGAGCAAAUACUCCCGUCGUAUUUUCCCGCUCCGCCAGUGACGUUUGGCGCUUGUUUAUUUUAUUGUUUUUGCGUUUUCUGCUUUGCGCGUAUCGCCUAGCCCCCGCGCUUUGGUCUCUUUUGACUCUGGUAAUUUUCAACCUUGAGCCCACCUACUACCUAGCCCUCACCCUCGACGCGACUGACGGGGGUGCCAGAAGCCCGUCACCGCACCCCCAAUCAACUCGCGUGUGAGCGCACAGCGAAAGCUACCCCAACAGUCGCGCGCCACACGCCUGCACUGCGGGUUUCCAUGCGCCAGCCUGCUUCUCGCUUGGUUGCUGACUAGAGCUUCUGCAAACAGAAGUCACCCGUUGGCCGCUUGGGAUCCUCCUCGCUGGCGCCCACUGGAAUUUUCCCAAAGAGGGGCAUACACGGGAUCUCUUGUGGCCUUCAGUUGUUGGGUGUGCAUCUCCGAUUCAAGUUUCGCAUCCGACGUCUGACACGGCCCAGCCUGAGAUAUAUCCCGUGUUAUUGUCUCCGGAGAAGCAAUCGACGCUGAGCAGCAGCCCUCGUCGCACCAUAGCGCUGGCUCUUCCAAAGGUACGUUGCCGCAUAACGGCUCGAGGACCUCUGAGAACCAACCAAACCCCUCCCUUCCCGUGAGCUGCUGCUUGGGCGCCCCUGGGGCCCCCCCACAACGCCCCGGCCAAGGACAGACGCUCGCUUCUGUGUGCGCCGAGGCAGGAAAAUUACUGGCAAAUCAGCACCUGGCCCCGAGCUUCGACUUCAUCUUGAGCUUUUGAAAGACUCCCCAUUUUGGAGGCCUAUCACCAUCUCCAGCUUCACCCUCGUCCCCAUCAUUGGCCAUAACCCUGGUCAGGUGAUUGUUCCUCCCUGCGGAGGCCAAUUACCUGGCUGCGCAUUCAGUUUCAUGGACCUGAUGGUAUUCGCAGCAGGACAGAUUUGAAAGAGAGCUCUUGGUCGCCGCCAGGAUCGCUCAAAAAGAACAUCGGCCCAGUGUCAAGACAAGUCCGCGUGCUAGCCGACAAGGCCUUGUUAACAACCUGCCCAACCCGCUUGGCGUGCUCGCCAGCGUCCAACUUGGUAAGUGAAGGAGCGCACGCCUCCAGACCUGCCGAUUUGCAGAGUUGCCUUGUUUGUGCCCCCUCUUUCCAUCCUGCCCACCUACAGCCGCAUUUGCCAGUGCGUCGCUCCCCAUCCGUCCGCGCACCCCGUUGUGGCUAGGUCCACACCGCCGCACUCCCUCCCACCCUAUGUUUAGGUGUCCACCCCCCUCCCUCGCCCGCCCAAAUAAGCAGCGACUCGCUGCCGAGCUUACCCAGCGAGCCCUCUCUGGCUUGCGGAUGCUGUCAUGCGGAUUUCCUUAUAUCAUCCUCCUUCCGGCAGAUGCUCAUUGUGGCCUGCUCCGUUCUCGCGACGUCAAAAACUCGUUUCUAUGAAACCCGCCUCUCUCUGAGCAUCCCUACCCCACGGGUCAUCUUGAACAGCCGUUUACACCGCCGGUUCCCCAGACCUCCCCACCCACCACCACCACCACCACCACCACUAAGCCCGCCUCGGGCUGUUGUCGACCUACCUUGACAACACGAUCUCACAACGUAAAACCCGAAAGCCCCAAGUACUGGCUGGCUGAUUGAACCGUCGCCCACUGGCUCCUCUGGCCACUGAAUAAUUCUCGCGCCGUCCCGCACGCAGGCCGGUGCUCUGUCCCUGCCUGCGACAACAAGGUAUCGCUGCUACCUGCCUACCUUGGUGCUCCCUCCCUAGCCACAAGUCGCCAGCUAUUCACGUGGCUCUGCCCUCCAUUUUCUGUUCGCCCCAUUGCAGCCCAGGGCCUAGCCACAGCCCCCUCCCGUUACAAACGAAGGGCUACAUCAGCUCGCAUAUGCCACGGCGCAGCCAAUCAAAGGUUGCUUCGCCCACCCAGACAGCUGCCAGCGCAUCCACGCAUACCCAGCAGAUUGGGUGUGCACAUCCCAACCGACGUCGCGGGUACCCAAGUGACGACAGCCCUGCUCAGCGCAUGCCCAACUUGGCCUGGACCCUUGGUGAGGCUUAAUCCUUUCAAAAUCACGUCCGGACUUCGCCCCUCCCACAAGGUUCGGUCCUCCGCAGUCAAACGGCCCCAGCUCCCUCUCAGCUUUUGCCUGCUUUAUCUGUCCUCCCACCAGCUAUCACAGCCCUCGGCUCCACCAAUCUCGCGCCAACAAAGGAUAUACAAGCUUACCGGACGCGCAACGCGAACGGUCCACAUAGCUGCGCGGACCACCCUCGACACACCCCAGCAUUCGCCUUUACUGGUCACGGCUGUUGUCGGCGCAGUACCCCAGUCCCAGCUUCCAGUAUGAUGGAGUACGCGCAAUACCAGCCAGCAACCCAGAGCACACAUUCUGCAUAUCAGACCUCGGCGGCGUCCAACAGUAUCACCUCGCCGUCCCUCCAGCACGCACACCAAGCCUCCCCGAUCCUCUCCUCGCAAGCCGCGCAGCAGUCGCAGCAGCAGCCACAACAACAGCAGCAACAAUCCCAGCCGGCCAACGCGAGUCAAGGGCACACCAUGUAUCAAUCACAGUACGGCGUGCCUCAACAGGGCAUGCAUUAUGCCAUGCCCCAGAUCCAAGCCGCCGCGCUGGCAGCCACCGCCGCGGCGUCAGGGUCAGGCUACCCUUAUGGCGUUUCCCAGGAUCCCAGCCUGCAACAAACAUCGCCCCGGAUCGCUGGGGCAAACGCCAAGAAGGAUACCAGGCCUGGACCGCGGUCGCCGCAGCAGAUGAACAACCUGCCGCAGCGUCGCCUGAGCCAGGUCACUAGCCCCGGAGUUCCGAACGCGCAAGCCAUGAUGAACCACGCUGCCGCUCGCCCUGGCGCCGCGCCGCCUCCGAUGCCCACACAACAGAUGCACCCUCCACCGCAGUCGCCCGAGAUUCAGCCUGGUGCUGUCGAGGAAUCGCCGCUCUACGUCAACGCGAAGCAGUUCCAUCGCAUCCUCAAGCGCAGAGUAGCGAGGCAACGCUUGGAGGAGGCCCUGCGACUCACGUCCAAGGGUCGCAAGCCUUACCUACACGAGUCUAGGCACAACCAUGCCAUGCGGCGGCCCCGUGGCCCGGGCGGGCGUUUCUUGACAGCAGAUGAGGUUGCCGAGAUAGAGAAGAAGAAGGGUGGGGGGGUUGAUUCAGUCUCCAAGCCAGAUGCCGAACUGGCAGCUGGCAAGGCGGAGACGGGAGGUGCGGGCACAAAGCGAAAAUCUACCGCCUCGUCCAAUGCGGCUAACAAGAGAACCAAAGUGGAAACGGAGAGCCCGGAGGAUGACGACGACGAUGACGCCGAAGACGACAGAUGAUCGACAAAACCCGGAGCAAAAAAAGAAAGAGAAAAAAAAGCAGCCAUCACUGGAGCUUGAGGAAAAGACAUUCCCAGAAAAAAAUACACCAAAUUCAAAACCACACCACAAAACAACAAAACCAACAACCCACCCCACUGGAAUACAAUGCAUGCGCAUCGCCUUAUACCCCUCAGCUUUCUUUUGUUCGCAUCAUGACGUUACGACUCGACAGAGCUGGCUUGAGCUUCGGGACUCUGUUAUCGGUUAUCAUCACACCACCAUCCCCAUCCCUUGAUUAUAGUUGCGGCGAAUUGGCGAGGAGUCUGGCGGUCUGAAGUUAUAUCUCAACUCUACGAAUACAUCCUGCAGAGACCGGGCAACCCUUUGUUUGUCUCUUGCGUCAUAUUUUCUUGCCUUCUAUUCUUCAUGUCCUUUUAUUUUAGGUCCAUUUGUCUCUAAAAACGACACUGUUCACUUUAUUUACAAUUUCCAGCUGCUGUGCGAUCUCUGUUGGAUGGAUGUGCUCACGAACAUCGAGAGUCUGCCGCCGCGAGCCGCCAUUUGGUUGGCGGCCGAACCCCCUCAUUUCGGUCCUUUCUUGGGCGAGCCGACGGUGUUUGGCACGCCUAGCCUUUCCCGAAUUCUUGGGAAGGUAAAUUUUCUUGGGUGGUUAUUCAUGCUUCUGUCCAGGACGACGGGCUCGGGGAUAGGAACAUAUAAGAUUGGGAGAUCUGGACAUGGGUGGGAAGGCGGAUGGUUGGGCUUGCAAGCAUGGGCUGGGAUUUAUGCUGGCAUCAGGGUCGGGUAGGAACUGUUUACGAAGCAUAUACAUUCUAUACCUAACAUGUUUUCCUCCUUCUGCGGCUGGACUAGCAGUAUAUCUCUGGUAUCUAUCGAGAUGGCAGUUAAGAAUCUAAUGUCUCGUCUCCAGAUUCCC